AAUGCCUUCACCGUAACUUGAGCGCUCUCGGAGCCAAACGAGGAGCGCUUGGCUCUCAAUGAUGAUCCGGGUGUGGGUUCUGGACCUGAGAAGGUUUCGGGUUUGCUGACCUUUCUCUUUCUGAAGACCGGAAGGCGGCCGCCAGGUCGGAGAGAUUUAAAACCUGAGGCUGAGUUCCUUCCGGUUUUCCAAGUUCGGCCUGCGGGAACCUUCGGGGAAGCGUGGAAGGAAGGGAAGGGCGGGCGCUUGUUGGUAGCCCCUUCCGCCUCUGUAUGGUUGCGGAGUCCCACUCUGCCCUGCUGUGUGGAAGGGUUCUCUCGGGUCUUCUGGGGCCGCAGUUCGGUUGGUUAGAAGUGGAAACUGAUGCAUUGGAGGUGGAAAAAGGCUCUUUCCCCUACCCGCUUUCCAAGGGCCCCAAAGAACUUGUGGAUUUAUCUAGUUUCUAGACACGUGGAGUUGAAUAUUCAGCGGAGAAGGGCCUAAAUAUUGGAGAAGAGAGCGAGAACAACUAGCAUUUUAAGGGAUUUGUGUAUAUUUCCAAAAGUGACUUUUGAUCAUCAUCCAACACCGGCAGCCUGGGAUUCGUGAGCGUCUCUCGCCAUCCUGCGGCUCCAACAUGUUCUCCUGUUGGUUAAGUCGGCAAUACUGGGGUUUUUCCACACCCACCGGAAGGAUCGCCCACCUGAUCCGGGGUUCUCUCUCCAGAACGCUGGUGCUCAGUUCACAGAGGAGAACUCCAGAAUUCAGUAGCUUUGUUGCUCGGACCAACACGUGUGGAGAGUUGCGUUCUUCUCACUUAGGCCAAGAAGUCACUUUGUGUGGAUGGAUUCAAUACCGAAGGCAAAACAUCUUCCUGGUCCUAAGAGAUUUCCAUGGGCUUGUUCAAGUUGUUAUUCCCCAGGAGGAGUCAGCUGCUUCUGUGAAGAAGAUUCUAUGUGAAGCCCCUGUGGAAUCUGUGGUGCAAGUGUCUGGGACAGUAAUUUCCCGACCUCCAGGACAAGAGAAUCCAAAAAUGCCAACAGGUGAGAUCGAAGUCAAAGUUAAAACAGCUGAACUUCUGAAUUCCUGUAAGAAGCUGCCCUUUGAAAUUAAGGACUUUGUGAAGAAAACAGAGGCUCUUCGUUUGCAGUAUCGCUACUUAGACUUGCGUAGUUUCCAAAUGCAGUAUAACCUGCGACUGAGGUCCCAGAUGGUCAUGAAAAUGCGGGAGUAUCUCUGUAAUCUACACGGAUUUGUGGAUAUAGAAACACCAACAUUGUUUAAGAGGACUCCUGGGGGUGCAAAAGAGUUUGUAAUACCAUCCAGGGAACCUGGAAAGUUUUAUUGUCUCCCUCAGAGUCCUCAACAGUUUAAACAGCUUCUGAUGGUUGGUGGUUUAGACAGAUAUUUUCAGGUUGCCCGAUGUUACCGAGAUGAAGGUUCAAGACCAGACCGACAGCCUGAGUUUACUCAGAUUGACAUAGAGAUGUCUUUUGUAGACCAGACCGGAAUCCGGAGCCUAAUUGAGGGUCUGCUCCAGUAUUCCUGGCCCAAUGACAAAGAUCCUCUAGUGGUUCCUUUUCCUUCUAUGACUUUUGUUGAGGCAUUGGCCAGCUAUGGAACAGAUAAACCUGACACUCGCUUUGGGAUGAAGAUCAUAGAUAUUAGUGAUAUGUUCAGAAACACAGAGGUUGAAUUUCUUCAAGAUGCACUUAGUAAACCCCAAGGAGCCGUCAAAGCCAUAUGUAUCUCUGAAGGAGCAAAAUACUUAAAAAGGAAGGACAUUGAAUCCAUUAGAAAAUUUGCAGCUGACCAUUUUAAUCAGGAGGUCUUACCUGUAUUCCCGAAAGCCAGUAGAAACUGGAAUACUCCAGUUGCUCAGUCCAUACUGGAGGAGCAAAGAUCAGGACUAAUCAGACUCAUGGAAAUCCAAGAGGAUGAUGUGGUCCUGCUGACUGCCGGGGAGCACAAGAAAGCAUGCUCUGUGCUGGGAAAAUUACGACUGGAAUGUGCCGACCUUCUAGAAGCAAGAGGAUUGGUGCUCCGUGACCCAGCUCUGUUCUCUUUCCUUUGGGUUGUGGAUUUCCCACUCUUCCUUCCCAAGGAGGAAAAUCCCGGAGAGCUGGAGUCAGCCCACCACCCAUUCACUGCUCCCCACCCCAGUGACCUCCAGCUCCUAUACACCGAACCCGAGAAGGUCCGUAGCCAACACUAUGACUUGGUUUUAAAUGGCAGUGAGAUAGGCGGUGGUUCUAUCCGAAUUCAUGAUGCAGAGCUCCAGCGUUACAUUCUGGCAACAUUACUAAAGGAAGAUGUGAAAUUGCUCUCCCAUCUGCUCCAGGCUUUAGGUUUUGGGGCGCCCCCUCAUGGAGGAAUUGCCUUAGGGUUAGACAGACUGAUAUGCCUUGUCACUGGAGCACCAAGCAUCAGAGAUGUCAUAGCCUUCCCCAAAUCCUUCAGGGGGCACGACCUCAUGAGCAGUGCCCCAGAAUCUCUCCCUCCUGAGGAACUGAAGCCCUAUCAUAUCCAGGUCUCCUGGCCAGCAGACUCAGAAGCAUAAAAGAGCUCCUUGAAUCAGCCAUACCAUCUAGAAAGUUGAGCUUUGGAGUUUUGUCUGCUUUGCUUCCCCAAGGCUGAAAUCAGAUGCGGAGUUCUGCCACAGGUCUGAUAAGCAGGUCUUUAGGUGGAAGGAAUCCAGACAACAUUCUUCACCACAACAAAGAAACAGAAGGUAUCCAGUUUUGACUUGAUAACAGGCAUUACUAGGAUUUUUUGUUUGGGACUUUUUUGGCAGUUUCUGUUACCUGGAGAGGUGUGAAAAUGGCCCUUUGUCUGAGUAAUAUAAUAGCUUAGUGUUUUCUCAUCAUGUUUUUCAUACCUGGAUAGUAGAUCGUUCACUUGAGACAGAGGUGAUCAGACCAUGUGAAAUGUGGGGAAAUGCUUGCCCCUUUAGACUAGUCAGUUGAUGGGGGGUCAGUUCAACCAGCAUCAUCAAGAGAGUCCUGUAAAUUAAGCUAAAUAGUGACAUCUCAACUAUCAGUAUAAUACGAGAAGCAUCAUGAUAUAAUGGAAAAAAAAAAUCACCAAAAUCAAAGUCACAAAAUCUUAGUGUUUCACCUUGAGCAAGUUACAUAAGCCUCUUUUCCCGCUUAUAUGAAAUAGGAACACUGCUUGUACAGAACCAGAGGAAAUGAUGUAUGUAGAAGGAAUAGUGAGUGAAAGUGCUUUGAAAAACUAUAAAGCAUUACCCAAAUAUUAUUUAUCUGUAAACAGAUACAGGUAUACCUAUGUAUCUUAUAGUCUAAGAUUAAAUAAAACUGAUAUCUAUAGUAUAAGAAAAACAGUAAUUAAUCAGUAUUCUAUUUAUGGUUCUAUUUUUAAAAAUAAUUAUUGGGGUGCUUCGCCAGCUCAGUGGGUAGAGCAUACAACUCUUGAUCUUGGGGUUGUAAGUUCAAGCCCCACAUUGGGUCUAGAGAUUACUUAAAAAUAAAAUCUUUAAAGAAAUAAUAAAAUAAUAAUGAUUGUUAUUAUUAAUCCCUGAAAAACACUCAUUUGUAAGUAAUUGAAAAUAUUGAUCUUAGGCCAACCUCAAAUAUAGAAAAGUGAACACCAAAGCUAUUGUAAUUUUCUUAUACAUUCUGUGACAUAAAUAAAAGCUUAUAAUUAGUUAAUAAUUAUGAAACGGGAACAAGGCCUUGAUUAAUGAAAGUGUUCUUUUCUACUUUAUCUUCACUUUUGCCUUGACAUUCUUUUGACGUGUAAUUUAUAAGUACCAAGUAUCAGUUCUCAAUCCCUGCCUAUUUUUCUUGGUGGUCUAAGCAAUGCAAUCCUAUAGUUGUUUCUGUAAAUCUGCUUCCUUUCCAAUUCUAAUCUGUGAUACUCAGUAGACCAAGAUGAGUAUGAACGUUCUUCACUGCUGCAGAAAAGUGGUUUGCCGUUAGGUGGAGCUUUUCUCUAAAGUAUGUCCUCGAACCCAAUCUCCCCAUAUGUGGGUGUACUCUGGAGCAAGAAAAUUCUUGCUGGCAGGGCUCUCCUGGUGAGAAUCGAUAUCCAAGUCUGCCUACCCUUUCUCAGUGGAGAUAAUUUCUAGAGCUUCCCUUUAAUAGGUGGGGAAAUGCAGUUUACGUCCAUUUAUCCCCCGUGGCAUAAAUGUAAUUCACUAUUGACUAUGUAAAGCCUAAUUCCAACCAAAAUGUUGUCUUUUAUCCUGGAAAUGAGAGUUCCAGAAGACACCUAAAAUCCAGAGGAUAUUUUCUAGGCUACAAAUACUAAAGACCCCCCAGUCCUUAGAAGGCAAACAAUCCUCUAUUGUUAUCUCAAAGACCUAGUCAUUUUGGGCCUCACUCGGCUUUUCUUCAGUCUUGCCUCUUGGGGAAAAAAAACAAAAUGCUUAUUUUGAAAUCCAGGGAAAUGUCACUUAUUUUAGAUCCCUUAUCAUAUUGAAGUGAGGUGAAAUUUUAAAUUAAGUCUUUUCUCAAAAAUUAAGGAACUACUUAAUGAUAAAGUUGAAAACAACACAGCCAGGAUUUUGAAAUGCACAAUCUGAUUGUAAACUGGAUGCUAAGUUUAUUUCAAAUCCUAUCUGCCCACUUUCCUAGGGAAUUUAGGUUUACCCUGUGUUGCAAGUUUUAGAAACAAAGGUAAGCAAGUGCCAGCUACAACAUCAAUAGUUAUUAUUAGCUUCAAGAGAGCUCUGUCUUAUGAACAAUUUCUCCUUGUUGGAAAGAGAUUUGUCAGAUGAUGAGUCUGAUGGGAUUGCUUUAUGCUCUUGGGCUUUGCCUGAAUAAAACAAUGCAUCUGUACAGCUGCUCCAGGAUUCUCUUCUCUGAAGAACCAGGAACUCUGUAACAUCACAUUCCUUGCUACUGGUUUUUUAAGCAUAACCAAUCCUAAAAAUACUGCCUUAAGGACACCUUUUUUCUUAUUUUGAGAAAAGGGAGUUACGUUGUACCAUGAGAAAUAACCAGGUGCAUAGUAAGAUGAGACAGUUGCACAUGUAAGUCCUGCAACAGUGCACAUCUGCGUCCAUCCGUCUUCUCUAUUUAAGACAGUGUACUUGGUAGGAAGAGCUUGUGUGGUUUAGACAGACCUUAAUUUAACUCCCUCUUUACCAUUCUCUAGUUAUACAACCUUGCCCAGCCGUUCAACCUCUCUAGGCUCCUGGUUUUUUUUUUUUUCG